CACCCGACAUUUUGCGAUGAGUGGCCAAGCAAAAAGACAAGAAGGCGGCCGCGAGCCUCCUGGCCGUCGAUUGGAGAAAGAGAAUUGUGAGGUGGCACAACAACUGACUGAACAAGCUACUAUUCUGAACAACAUUGAUGGAAUUCUUCAAAAACUCGUUAGAGAGGUAGCAGUUGGCAAUGAGUUGAGUAAGAAGAAGAUUUUGAAAAAAGACAGUGAAAUUCAAAACUUGAAGCAAGAUUUGGAGAUAGUUAGAGAUAGCAAAGCUAGCGUAGAAGUCGAAUUGCAACAAAGUAAAGAAACAUUAGAAAACACGGAAAAGAAGAAAAACCAUCUAGAAGAAGAACACGAACGAGCCAAACAAGAACUUCAGAAACAAACAAAUGAGAAGAAACAAGGAGCUGAUAGGAAUAGACAACUUGAAGCACACGUAGAAGCCUUGAAAGGCCAACUUCAAGACUUCAAGACUAAUCUGGAAGAGGAAACAACUACAUUGAAUAGAUACAAAAGACAAUUUACUAGAGCUGAACUGGAAGGUCGUGAAGACGCUAGUUUUACGUUCAUAGUGUUGAACAGAGGUUGCCCGGGUCAUCUUGCUCACCACCUUGCAACUAAAAUUAAAGAUUUAUACCCUUACUGUAAACACCAAGUGAGGUCAUGGCAAGAAAUUGGGAGUGAUAAGUCAUUGCUAACAAAUGAAGAGCUGUCAGGCGUUGUUUUCAUGUUUGGUCCGAGUGGGAGAACUGUUUCACAGACCAAAAAUGACUUGGAUGAUGACUUCCAAUCUCUACUUGGAGAUUUAAAAGUUGCCAAAGUGUUCCUGCCAGUCAUAACUAUGAACAAAAAGGCCAAAGUUCCAGUUGUAUCUGGCGUAACAAUGCUUAGAGAUUCGUUCUUCACUUACAAUUCAUCUGGCCAAAAGGAAGACAUCAACCAAUCAUUUGACAUAAGUCCCAAAGAACUACGUCAUCUCAUAAGAAUUCUAAUGGGUGUUCCUAACCCCUAACCCAUUGACUAAUUGCAGAAUUGGUAUCUAUAGCUGUGCUGGUAGAUAAUGCAUGGUCAAUGCUAGCUAAUACUCUAUAAUCUAGAAUCGUUUGAUGUUUCGCCUUGCAUCCGCGAAAAGGCAAUACACCGACAACAGUGA